AUGAACCGCCCCCGAAUGCAGCCGACAAGCUCCGGUCCACGCAUCUCAAAGACCGAAGCUCGCAUGCAGCUGCUCGAGCGUGCUGUGCAUGUGAGCAUGCCGCGCAUCACGCAGGCGGUGGUGCAGAGGAUAGAGCUUCACACAGCGAAGUUUGUCGUCGCAGUGAUCCGAAGUACGGCGAAUAGUGUUUUUGGUACACUGUACCAUUUCACAUUGAAUGAAGGUUAG